GAGGCUACUGACACAGAAAGCACUUUGGCGCAUUUUCAGAGGGAAAGCGAGGACUGAUAAAGCUCUUUCUGACAGGAUUGACUUAUGUUCUUCGAUUUUGCUGCUGUUCCUUUAGGCAGCUUUUCACCCAGACCUAAUCUCGAUGAAUGACCACACAGAGCUUGUCGAUUUAUCAGCAUUUGAAUCUGCAGCAAUGUCUCCGGGCUGUGCUAUUGUUGUGAUUUUUGAAUGAGAAAGCUAACGUCACAUCCAAGCUAUGACAGCAAAAGAUUCUUCCAAGGAACUCUCGGCUCCGGACUCAGAGGUUUACAUAAAGACUUUCAAAGAUCAAAUGCAUUUAGAACUUGAGCUUCCCCGAGUGCCAGGGAACAGACCCACCUCUCCAAAAAUUUCCCCCCGCAGUUCUCCAAGGAACUCUCCAUGCUUUUUCAGAAAGUUGCUGGUGAAUAAAAGCAUCCGUCAACGUCGGCGUUUCACGGUGGCACAUACAUGCUUUGAUGUGGAAAAUGGCCCCUCACCAGGUCGCAGCCCUCUGGACCCUCAAGCUGGCUCCUCUUCAGGACUUCAGCUUCAUACCACUUUCCCAGGACACAGCCAGCGCCGAGAGUCAUUCCUUUAUCGAUCAGACAGUGACUAUGACCUGUCACCAAAGACCAUGUCCAGGAAUUCCUCUGUUCCAAGUGAACAACAUGGAGACGACCUGAUAGUUACACCAUUUGCCCAGGUCUUGGCAAGUUUGAGAAGUGUAAGAAAUAAUUUUACAUUAUUGACAAACCUGCAAGGAGCAUCAAACAAGAGGUCCCCGGCAGCAAAUCAGCCCCCAGUUGCCAGACUUAAUCUUCAAGAGGAGUCUUAUCAAAAAUUAGCCAUGGAAACGUUGGAGGAACUGGACUGGUGUUUAGACCAACUUGAGACCAUUCAGACCUACCGAUCCGUUAGUGAGAUGGCAUCGAAUAAGUUCAAGAGAAUGUUGAACCGGGAGCUGACGCACCUAUCCGAAAUGAGCCGAUCAGGGAACCAGGUGUCUGAAUAUAUAUCAAACACUUUCCUAGACAAGCAGAAUGAUGUGGAGAUUCCCUCUCCCACCCAGAAAGACAGAGAGAAAAAGAAAAAACAGCAGCUCAUGACACAAAUCAGUGGAGUGAAAAAGCUAAUGCAUAGCUCAAGCUUGAAUAACACAAGUAUUUCACGAUUUGGUGUGAAAACAGAAAAAGAAGACCAUCUAGCCAAGGAGCUGGAUGAUCUGAAUAAAUGGGGUCUGAAUAUAUUUAACGUUGCAAGAUAUUCACACAAUAGACCUCUCACCUGCAUUAUGUAUGCCAUUUUUCAGGAGAGAGAUCUACUGAAGACAUUCAAAAUCUCAUCAGACACUUUUAUAGCUUAUAUGAUGACUUUGGAAGACCACUACCAUUCCGAUGUAGCCUACCACAACAGUCUCCAUGCAGCUGAUGUAGCCCAAUCAACACAUGUUCUUCUGUCCACCCCAGCCUUGGAUGCUGUUUUCACUGAUCUGGAAAUUCUUGCAGCAAUUUUUGCAGCAGCAAUUCAUGAUGUGGAUCAUCCUGGUGUCUCCAACCAGUUCCUCAUUAAUACAAAUUCUGAACUUGCUCUUAUGUACAAUGAUGAGUCCGUCUUGGAAAAUCACCACCUUGCCGUGGGUUUCAAGCUGCUACAGGAAGAGCACUGUGACAUCUUCCAGAAUCUGACCAAGAAACAACGUCAAACUCUCAGGAAAAUGGUGAUAGACAUGGUCUUGGCAACAGAUAUGUCCAAACACAUGUCCCUUCUGGCAGACUUAAAGACCAUGGUGGAGACUAAGAAAGUGACAAGUUCUGGGGUCCUCCUUCUUGAUAACUACACAGACAGAAUACAGGUUCUCCGAAAUAUGGUUCACUGUGCUGACUUGAGUAAUCCCACAAAGUCCCUUGAACUCUAUCGGCAGUGGACAGACAGGAUCAUGGAGGAAUUUUUCCAGCAGGGGGACAAAGAACGGGAGAGAGGAAUGGAAAUCAGCCCAAUGUGUGACAAACACACAGCAUCUGUAGAGAAGUCACAGGUUGGGUUCAUUGAUUAUAUUGUCCACCCCCUUUGGGAAACAUGGGCAGACCUAGUGCAACCUGAUGCCCAAGACAUCCUGGAUACCCUAGAAGAUAACAGAAAUUGGUAUCAGAGUAUGAUCCCUCAGAGCCCCUCUCCUCCCCUUGAUGAACACAACAGAGACUGCCAGGGCCUUAUGGAGAAGUUCCAGUUUGAGCUGACCCUUGAAGAAGAGGACUCCGAUGGGCCAGAGAAAGAGAGUGGGAGUAUCAGCUAUUUCAGCAGUACAAAGACACUCUGUGUGAUUGAUCCAGGAAAAAGGGAUUCCCAAAGGGAAGCAAACAUAGAAAUUGUGACAGAAGAUACUUCGCCUGUUGACACAUAAUGUACUGUAUCUGUCUCUCUGGGUGAUGUAAGUGCUUCAUGCACAAGCAGGUUGUCAUGCUGACUAGCCUACAGUCUGGGUCUAAGGCCAACCUCUACCAUUGGCUAAAAGAUCUUUCCAGCUACUUGAGAUUGGAGUCAGGGUUGAAGAGUGUGUAGUGUCUGCUCAGGAAAUUCAGAGGUGAUUUAUAUUGCAGCUUAAGCUUCAUCAGCCAAAAAAGCAGAAAACAUUAUUGUGGUGGUCUGAAGUCAGUGUGAAUUUGUUACUGAACAAGCCUGAUAGCGAAUGACACACAACGGAAAUAUUUUUUAUUCUUAAUAGAUUUUGAAAUCUAUAUACAUCUGACAGCUAAAACUACUGACUAGUAACUGCAUUUCAAAUGUGUCCGCCUGUCUGCAGACCCGUGUGCCUUUUUUAUAAACAUUUUCAUGUCUUUUCAAGAAACCUAUGAAAUGCGCAACAAAGCGUGUUCAAUAUUGAUGUAU